AUGGCGGCCUCACCCGGGACAGCCGAACCGCUAGAGAGCUCAACAGCGGAGCAUCCUGAGGUGGUCCAGCCGCCUCCACUACCGAUCGAUGAGGCGGAACCGCCGUCGCCUCUUCUAGUGGCGGCGGCUGCACAUGAAGCGAUCUCUCCGAAGAAGUCCGCUUCCCCUUCGCCGCUUCCGGCGAACUUGGCGGUCGAAGUUUCUCCCGAGGUGGAGACCUCGUCCUCGUCCCCGUCCCCGUCGCCUUCUCCCUCUCCAUCUCCCCAAAUCGUGGAGGCGUCGCCGGGUGCGCCACAGCCACUGUCCCCUCCACGUACUGCUCCGGCUGCUGCCGCGCGUGCUUCGUCGGACCUCUCCAUUACAGAGGCGGUGGCAAUGGCGUCCCAGGAAGCCGCUCGGCCAUCCCCGUCUCCCGAGUCUACGGACGCGCACUUGCACAACGCGUCCGCGCCGCCGACGCCGCCGAUGGAGAUUUGGCUGGGAGUGUUGUUGCCGCAGCAGCAGCCGCGACCACCGUCCCCGGAAAUGGCCGCUCCAUGUGAUUAUUCAGAGCCUGCACAGCCAUCGCCGCUGUGUCAUCCGGAUGGAUGCACAGGCGCCUCGCCAGACGCACCGGUGGAUGAGGUAGUGGCAGGAACGCCAGGAAAAGCAGCUGGGCUGUCGCCAGGUGAAAACUCGGAGUUCGCACAGUCGCCGCAGACUCAUGUUCUAGCUGAAAGCACAUAUGUCUGUUCAAAUGCAGCGGGCAAGGUAUCAGCAGUGGCUUCAGAAGAAGGUACUCAGCCUGCGAUGGAGUCAAUUGAUGGUGAGGGGCCAUUAGAGAUUGGAGCACAGAGAUCAUUACAGGAGCCAGAGGAGACAACAACGUCCUCCAGGAUGGAAGCUGAGCCUUGUUCGCCAGAGAUGGCUCCUCCAGGGUUUGAAGAUUGUAAGUCUCAAUGGUUGCCAUUGUCACAUCCUAAUCCUCUGGUUGAAUCCACACACACUGUGGUACAAGUGACUGCCACCAAUGCCAUGGGCACGACGCCAGAUGCAGCAACUGGGUCACUGUCUUCACCUGGCCUACUUCCGCCGUUGAAGAGAGGGGCAGAGGGGCAAACACUUCCAAGAUCAUGCUCUCCCACAACAGAAGCUGCACCAUGUUCACCAGACAUGCCACCUCCAGGCUUUGAGAAUUGCAAGUCAUCAUGGCUACCGCUACCGAUUCUUCAACCCAUAGCUGAAACCACGUACGUGUUGCACGAUUUGGCUCCCACCAAGGCAAUGGCAGUGGGAUUUAUGGAAAAGGCAUGCUCAGUGCUGGCAUCGGAGCGAACGGAUGUGGAUAUAGACUCAGAGCCGGAACCUAUUGCCGCAAUUGGAGAGUGGAACUGGGAGUUCAUUGCAAGGGCCACUGCCAAGAUCACCUUCUCCCAUGAUGCAAGCCACUCCCUGUUCACCGGAUACAGCACCUCCAGGACUGCACAUGUAUUGCAAAAUUCAGCCGAUAAUGAGGCCAUGCCUGUGAUAUCAGAGGAAGCUCCUCAGCCACCGCCUGCAUUAGAUGCAAUGGAUUUAAACAUCGAUGCCAAACCUGUCCUGGCACCACUAUCAGCGAGUAAACCAGGGAAGUCAUUGCCACCGAAACCUCCCCUUCUGCCAUCUCAUGUAGCACAGCAUACAACCUGUUCACUAGGGAUGGUGCUUUUAGGGUCUGAGAAUAUUGAGUCCUCGCAGCUGCUGCCACCAGCCCUGGUUCUUCCUCUUGAUCAGACUCCAGACAUCUUGGCUGAUGCAGGGACCAAGAAGAUAGUCACAAUGGAAGAAGUGUGUCAUCCACUGCCUGUAGCAGGAGUGGCAGAAGAAGCCAAUGGGUCUGUUCUUUCACCAGUAACGGAAAAUGGUUGUGAGGGCCAAUCACCACACCUAGAGCCACAGGCUUCUUCCCCUGCAGUGGAUGCUGCAACCACAUCACUGGAGAUAGCUCCCAGAAGUUUUGAGAAUUCGGAGUCCUCUCAGUUGAUCUCUCCUUGUCUAGCUGAGACAAUAGACCCCUCUACACAUGCAUCAGCUAUUAUGCCUGUGGCUGUGAAGUCAGAGAAAACGAGUCUGCCACUAUCUCCAUUACAAGCUACAGGCACAGACAUGGAAAGCGCAAUCCUGCGGCAGUCGCCAUCGAAGAGUGAAGAGAGAUCAUUGCCACAGCCAGAGCAACACCCAUCUUCUCCAUCUGUGAAGGACACUACUUGUUCACCAGAGGUUGCACCCCCAGGUUAUGAAAAUUUUGACUCCUUGGAUCAGCUGCCACCACCACCACCUCUUUGCUCGAAGUUUGAAAUUGGUCAAAUGGUAUGCGGAUGUUGUCGUCAGCUUGUUGCAUAUCCUAGGGGCGCUGUUCAUGUUCAGUGUUUUGGUUGCUCGACAAUAAACCUUGUACUGGAAGAACAUCAAGUUGGUAAGGUGUAUUGUGGCCAAUGUGAUACACUAUUGAUGUAUCCUUUUGGAGCUCCUGCUGUUAAAUGUUCCAACUGUCUUUUUGUCACUGAAAUCGGAGAACGUAAUGUUCGGCCGCGGAUUUUGAUGGAACAGAGUGUGUCACCUGAUCCGCAAGAGAUGAUGCUCACUUAUGUUGGGGGCGAGCAGGGUGCUUCCGUGCUUGGGUUGGUCUACGAACCGCAGAACAACCCACUUGCAUCCUUAGCGUUAUAG